UAUGACAAAAUGGCUCAGCAAGUCUAAAAAGGUUAUCAACUUCUACAUGACUCCGUGCUUUCAUCUGAGGAGCGGAGCCCCGCCCCCCUCCAUCCCUAAUCCUAAUCCGUGCUUCCUGUGUGUUGUCAUGGAGAUGAGAGGACACAUCCCGACAGAACCAGGAGGCGGUUCGGGAUUAAACUUCAAGGCAGUAUUGAUUAUGGAGAAGCCAAAGCUGCAAAGAUGAAAUAAAASAGAGGGAGGCUGGUGUCCGGUGGCUUUACCUCAGACUGAUCGUGUUCAUGGUGAAGGAUGGAUGUGGAGAGGCAGCUGCUCCUCCUGCUCCUCCUGCUGCUGCUGGCCUUCACGGCUCUGCGCUGCUCCGCCAUCGACAUCGUGACGGUGGUGGAUUUCUGUGGCCAGACAAUCCAGGGCGAUGGCAUGAUCGUCAAUUCACAUCAACAAUCCAAGAAAUACUACUUUGUGGACAUAGGGACUGACUGUCAUCUCACCAUGCAGGCCAGAUCCCCUAAAGACAAGGUUCAGUUUUACUUUCGCUUCUUCUUGGUUUACACCUUGCUCAGAAUGGCUCCUCUCAGUCCCGCCCCCCUCUUUCCAGAGUCUUCGCAUGGCUCUGUCUUUCCCAACCCUCGAUUGGAACUCACAUCUGGUGAAAGUUCAGGAGACCUUUGUCAUGCUGGUUCAUAUAUUCAGUUCUAUGAUGGACCAGACAGGAGCUCUCCUAUCCUUGGGCCUCCUCUUUGUGGCAAGAGCCCACCCCGGCCAGUGCUGUCCACAGGAAACUACCUAACCCUGAGACUGGUGACCCGCGGGACUCAGCCCAGGGUUGACUUUGUGGGAGACUUUACCGCUUUCAGACUGGGUUUCAACCAGUCAGAGUGCAGUAGUGAGCCCUACUUUGCUUGCAGGAAUGGGAAGUGCAUCCCUGUAAGUCUAGUAUGUGAUGACAAAGGUAUCGACAAUUGUGGGGAUGGAAGUGAYCUGGAGGAAAACCUAACAACAGGCUGCAAUGCAGGCCAGCUUUUACCCACGGAAACUCCACCUCCAAUGACAACCACUCCACCACGCUUUAUUAAUUCACCAACAGUGCAGAGUGGGAAACAAAUGAACUGUUGCAUACCAGAUGGAGCUCCCAGUCAUAAAUCAGUGACAGACMCGACACCAUCCCUGUCCCUGCUGAUUUUGUGCUCUACCCUGGGUGUUGUGGUAGGAGGUGUUGUGGUCUGCUGGUGCUGCUGGUCACCCGGCUGUUUUGUUUGGCGUAUCGGCAUCUGCCGCUUUUUGUUCUGUUGCAACUCCACUUGUGCCUCCUGCCAGUUCUGUGCUUACAACUGCAUACGCAACAAGGAGCACCGGGUGGCAAAAGUCAGCCCACACACACCAGUCAACAUUACUCCAAUGGGAACAGCUACCUCUAACAGUACCGAGGAGAACAUAACUGCAGUUGCCAUGUAGAGCAGAACAUCUGUGCAGUUCUGGAAGACAAAGUUGACAAUGCAGGGACAAGUAAUGGAGAUAAGUAAAACUCCUAUUAAGGUACAGUAUACUGAUCUGAUGAGGUUCAGUGUGCRAUGCUGACUUUACCAGAAAGUAGUGGUGUCUGAGGAGGAAUUAUCAUGUUAUUAAUGGAUUCUGACCAGUCUUGUUAACUCACCUGUCAUGCAAAAUUAUCAUUGUCCUUCAUCAUAAACAGUUAAGUUGUAUCCCACUAUGCUKUUACAGUUGGAGUCUAGUUGGYRACCAGCAUUUGCAAUAGYCUUCAAAAUAUCUCUAAAUGUUUGUGGGAGUUAUCAAUUCCUUACAUGACAUUGUGUGUAGUACAACCCAAAACAAAAUGUUUGUAAUGCUUACAGCUGUACCCAGUGCGUURCUGUCUUAAAAGAGUUUAGGAUUAAUGACCCCCAUUCACAUAGCAUAAUUACACUGUUCUCAAAUUACAUUACUACACUGUCCAGAAACWAUGCGACUAUUAGAUUACAACAUCAAAUUGAGGUGCCAAAUGUUCCUACUCCUACACAAGACUAUCAUUCACUAAUCACACUCUAUUGCACAAAAUGAAAGGCCAAGAUCCGACAAAGCUUAUCCACAUUCUGGCCAAGGAACUGCAUCAUAAAGUCCCAAUAUCAAUGAAGUUGGGACGUUGUGUAAAUCAUAGAUAAAAUGAAAUGGAAUAUAAUGAUUUGCAAAUCAUUUUAAACCUAUAUUCAAUUGAAUAUACUACAAAGACAAAAUAUUGUUCAAACAGAUAAACGUUUUUUUAGCUACAAAAGACUGUGAAAAUGAGCCAGUUUUGGAAGACACAAAGUUUGAUUAGGKAUUAAGGGAGCAUCCCCAAAAGACUCAAGCAUGCAGUAUGCUGCAGCCAAAGUGCCAAAAUCGGAUCAGAUUGCCACAGUUUCAUGACAAAAACUGUGUCAUUCUGUUCGCAUUGUUGACAUUUCAAGCCCAUGUUGACAUAUCCUCCCGGGGAAUUUUAGAUAAACGUGCUAAACGAAGGAUUGCAGCUGGGAUCCGAAAAGAUAAACACAAAUUUUUUUGGGACAAGCGGCCUUGAAUUUCUUGCUACUUUCAGUCUCACUGCAUCUCUGCAGAUGGUGAAAAAAAGUACCAAAGUUCCGAAUUCCGUGUCUUCUCGCCUCUCGCCGUCUGAAGCUUCACCCAGGUGUAUUCCUUACAUCGCAGAGGCACGAUCCUGGGCAGCAUUCUUGUCAGAAUCACAUCCAGUAUGCGACUUAUCUCCUCCAGCAUCUGAGUCUGUGUGCUUCCAGAGCGGCMGAUUCCAUYCAUUUUCUCUGACAACUUUUCACAGGCCCACACUGUCUGAUGGUCAGAUGUUCAUGGGAGUGUUUGAUUAUGCUGGAAGUACUCCGAUGCUGCAUUUUGCUUCAACCACACACUUAAAAAAAUAAAACUACUCUCUUCCAAAAGCCAACUGUUGUAGUGUCAGUGAAUACAUGUUUGUCUCUACAUCUACAAAUCCAAGUUAAAACUCUUCCAAGCAAAGCAAAAGUCAUAUAUCAACAACUCCCAGAAUUCUUUUGGCUUCUCUGGGCCUGAGCUCAUCUAAGAUGGACUGAACUAAAGUAGAAGAGUGUCCUGUUGUCUGACGAGUCAUUAUUUGAAGUUGUUUUUGGAAAUCAUCGACGUCAUGUCCUCUGGGCCAAAGUGGAGAAGCACUGUACGUAUUGCUAUUGCGAAGUUCAAAACCCAACCUCUCUGAUGGUACGUGUAUGUAGUAUGUGUUAGUGCCCAUGGCAUGGGUAAUUUGCACAGCUGUGAAGGCUCAAUGCUGAAAGGUACAUACAGGUUUUGGAGCAACAUAUGCCUCCAUCCAAGCCACAUUUUUUUCAGGGACGUCUGCUUGUUUCAGCAAGACAAUGCAAAGCCAUAUUCUGUCUGUGUUACAACACCGUUCAUUCAGCACUCUGAAGCUAAUACAGAUAAAUCAAUCUACAGAGACUAAUCAAUUCUUUAAAUCACAUCAAUACACUGAUGGGACAAACAUCAGAAGCAGUGGGGGUUCAGUGUCUUGACCAGAGACACUUUGACAUGUGACCAAACCGCAGUGGAAGCGAACUGCCAACUCUCACAUUAGAGGAAUGACUCCUCUAACCACUCAGCUACAGCUGCCCCUACAGGUUAAAAAGAAUUUGCAAAUYAUUGUAUUCUGUUUUAAUUUAUGUUUUACACAUCCCACCUUCAUUGGAAUUGGAGUUGUAUACUAGUAAAGAUCAUCCAGGUCAAUAAAUCCAAAAAAAGAUUAAGAAACAAAAAACUAACCUGAAGUUAAAGAUGUUUUGCUUUCCAUCCAGGAGGCUUUCUCAAUUCAAAAUGUCUGGAGUUGUGUGGAGUUCCAAGCUUUAUAGACCUUCCUUGUUAGUGCUUAGACUGACAUGCAGAUUGUUUUGUUUUUUUAACAUUUUCUUGGAUUGAACUGCAUCACAGCAGUGUGGCCUGAACUGUUGUUUGUUCCACACAUGAGAUACAAUCACUUUUAUAAUUUGGUAAAGCAGAUAAACUUUUAACUAUAGACUGUCUCAAAGUGUGAAUGUGAAAGUUUUGUUUUAUUGAGUAAGAAUAACUUUUGUUCGAAAAACAAAUAGAAGAUGUCUUUUUCACUUUAGAAUGUCAGCACAUUUUGUUUGAACUACCUAUGAAGUUUAGGAAUAAUAAAGUUUUGUGUCAACAGUUUCUUUUUUGUGAACAAACUGUUUUAAUCUGUUUUAGAAGAGUUGUGUUUUUGUGAUGCUGUGUUUCCAGUAAUUUGUGGACCCAUGCUGAACAGAUGACUUCAAAGUUGCCCUCCUGGUGACAACAGCUGGUCUGCCUCUGAGAAAUCUGUUCUAACGUCUUUUUCCUGCAGUUUUCCUUUGUUGUUUGUGAAAUUGAAACAAUUAAACUACAAAGUCAUUCAGCAUUUGAA